AUGAAAUUUGGGAAGGAAUUCAGGAUACAUUUGGAGGAAACCCUACCGGAAUGGAGGGACAAGUAUUUGUCGUACAAGCCUUUGAAGAAGCUUCUCAAGAAUAUUCCGCCCGCCGUCACCGACAAUCCUCCGCCCGGACGCACCCUGCCGGAGCUUCACGAUUGGUUCGUUAGGAUUCUAAACGAGGAGCUCGAAAAAUUCAACGAUUUCUAUGUCGAUAAGGAGGAGGAAUUUAUCAUCCGCUUCCAGGCAUUAAAGGAAAGAAUUGAACGAGUGAAGGCCAGAGUAGGUACAGGUGGGGUGUUUACCUCGGAGACUGAAUUUAGCCGAGAGAUGAUGGAGAUACGUAAGGACUUUGUUGCCAUUCAUGGCGAGAUGGUCCUUCUGAAGAACUACAGUUCCCUCAACUUUGCUGGUCUCAUCAAGAUACUAAAGAAAUACGACAAAAGAACUGGAGGGUUAUUGAGUCUACCUUUCACUCAACUUGCCGUUCACCAGCCGUUCUUCACCACCGAUCCCCUUACAAGAUUAGUCCGUGACUGUGAGGCAAAUCUUGAGCUCCUUUUCCCUUUGGAAGCAGAAAUUGUUGAAUCCAACACUGCCCACCAGAAACAAACGAACACAUCCUCAGAAACAAAAAUGCCGUUUGGGGAGGAAGCUACGGAUAUUUACAAGAGUACCCUUGCUGCAAUUAAGGCUAUACAAGGGUUUAAGAAGGCAAGUUCGACAUAUAAUCCAUUGUCUUUAUCUUAUUUAUUUGGGGACCAAGAUAAUGAUAGUACAGGUGCAGUGACACAAGAAAACUCCCCUUGCGACUCUUGUAGCUUGCAUAAAGGUGAGGACCCCAACAAAGAUACAUGCUUGCCCAAAUAA